AUGAUUUUCGCUGUCGCUCGUUGGAAAUGGUAAUGGAGGGAUCAGCUGAUUCUUCAAAAACAUAAACAAGAUCAUAAAAACGUCGGCGAAGUUUACGAAAUUGAUCACAAAUGAUGGGAAUAAUUCAGUGAGUGAGAAUUGUCAGGCCACUGUUAACAAAAAUGGCUGAAUACUCUGAAAUUGUCAAGUACCACCCCCUCCUGGUGCUCAUCUCUGAGAAACCAAUGACUUGGUACGGUUUUUUAUUGCUGAAUAAAGACACGAGGGUUGAGAUAAAACUUCGUGUACCACAUUAUCCGGAAUUGAGGGGUGCAAAAGUUCGAUUUGGUCAGCAAAUUUGCCUUUUUCAAGGAAGUGACUUUGAAAAUAAAUUCAAUGAUUUGUUGGCUAAUGGGACUUCUGUCCCUUCAUUUCUAAGGCAGUUGCAAGGCUUGAUGGAGGGAAUUAUCAAGCAGAAGACCAGUGAUAUGACUUCAAAAUCCCAUUUCUUCAAUAAAGAUAUGCUAAAGGAGCUAACGACACUUCUAAAAGAGCCAGAGUUUCAAGUUGAGGGGAAUAACGAUCUCAGUGCUGUAAAGAUCAUCUACAACAAUAUAUCAGUCACUCUGAAGCCAGAGAACAUGUCAAGCAACCCCUGGACUCUGCUUUCUUCAGACUUACCCGAGCUACCUGUCUGGCGUCUUUUUGACAAGUGUAUCCCGACACUGGUGGAUGCUGCCAAGACAUUGAAGACGAGGGUUGAUGCUCUCGAAGAGACUUGGCGAGAACUCGCAGAGAUUGAUGAGAGUUGCUGGGUAAUUGAUCCCCCAAAGCCCAAGCCAUGUCACUUGUACAGAAGAAUCCACAUAAACUCCGCUCUGUCCCUCCUCAUCAAGGUAAACCCGCUCCAGCCACACAGCAAUUUCCCUGAAAUAGAACUCCUGGGGAGCGAUAAACAAGUCUCCAAAUGCAGGACAGUCCUCAGUGACAACAUGUGCAAGUGGGACUCUGACAGAACGAUCCCUGAGAAUAUUAUGGAGCUGCUGGAGAUUACGGAAUUACCACAGCGUCCAGCAGACGAGACCAAGGACACCGGUGCCAUUUUCGAUGACGACGAGUGCUGUAUUUGCUUCUCCAUGGAGUCUGGGGAUGGAAAGCUCCCUUCAGAGAUUUGUAACAACGAGAAGUGUAGAAAACAUUUUCACAGCUCGUGCCUCCUGGAGUGGCUGCAGACAGUUGCUGGGAAGCACAUGUAUUUCGAUCGCUGCCAUGGAACGUGUCCUGUUUGUAAGGAAAAUAUAUCCUGUGCAGUUAAGUUUCCUUUAUUCCAGACUUCCGGGUCAAGAUAUUAUUUUACCUAAUUCAGCUAGUCGAAGAGUACAAUCAACAUUCCAAUAAUCUGUUAACAAUUGCAGUUCCUUUUUCAGUGGAAUUGAUUGAAUUGACUUGAAACCA